AUGUCGUUGGUGACGGAAGUUUUCUCGGAGGCAGAGCUGCAGGCCCUGUGUUCGAGCCACAAAGGGUUGACUACGCUGCUGCUUUGGGCACCUUGGCACGCGCCCAGCGUGCAUCUCAUCAAGGUGUUGGAAGCUAUUGCUGGUGAGCAGAAGAAUGCGUGCUUCGCUAAGGUCGACAUCGUGGACCUGCCUAUCAAGCUCACUGAAGAGCUGCUGGUCACUGCUGCCAUCAUCAUUGCGUUGGUUUUCCUAUGGACGUACCGCGCCAAUUUGAUGCUAGCUCUGACUGGCGACUCCAAGCUCCAUGGAUCUUUCCUCGAUUGUGUGUGGUGCUGCUGCUUUCAGUGCUGUGGUCUUUGUACUGGCGAGUGGACAGGUUGUUUCACGAUGAUGCCUUGUUGCCCUCCAAGAUGGCGCAGGCAGAAUCUGGUCCGAAUGGUCGGGAAGCAGCUCGGCCUCUCCAACUACACUGUCGAAUUGAGGAACUUGGUGGUUGGCGAUCUUCCAUUUGACGGUCGCGCCGACAUUUUCUUGUCCGUGGAGUGCUCGUCCAACCCCGCCAUGAAGACCUCAGUCGCAGAAGACAGACAGGCCAAGGUCAUUCACUACCCAGAAGUCUUGACAGUGCGACUUCGGCACUGCUUCCUGGAAGAGAAUGUGCGAAUCUCCGUCUUUCGCCUGAACGUGGUUGGGUCGGAGGAACUUUGCACAAUCACUGUGGGCGCUAUGAACAUCAUUGACUGGGCACGAAAUCCGUCAGAGAGAAUGAAGCGAUUCCAGCUAAAGUCGGUGGACCAUGGCAACCUCGACCGCGAGACUCCUGCGUGGCUCCUGGUUGAAUUCGGCGAGCCUAUCGAGGUUCGCGAUUUGGACAACGUCAGAUCGGUAGAUACUAUCAGAACCACGACCAGCGACAUGACCAGGUUCACCCAGCGCUCGGUCGCAGAAUACAAGCACACCUACUAUUUGCUCGAUUCCGCGGGCCACGCCAUUGAUGAGCCCUUCGAAGAGGACUUGGCAGAAGUUCGCAGAAUGCGCACCAAUGUGAAGUACCUCUUUCACGUCUGGAAUGUCCUCACUUUGCUUUUCCUGCUGUGCUAUGCAGCCUUCCGCUCUUAUGUAUGGUCCUGCUAUCGGCGUUUCGAGUGGCUCACAAUGGCAGUUCUCAACAACGCGACGAUUCCCACGCACUUCCCUUUGAGUUUCCAUGCCAUGGAGAGUAUUGGGGCAGACUGCCAGGCGGAAGUUUCGGGCACAGGACUUCAAGGUGUCCCAUGCCGGCCAUCCAUAGGGCAAGUAAAUAUGCUGUGUCAGGGAUCUCAAUACCUGGACAGCUUGCACCAGCCCUGGCCCGUUGCCUAUUCUGGUUACGAAUGGGAGGAGCAUCUAUUCGGGUCAAGCCACGUGGGCUUGCGAUGCAUGGAGGGCAUUUGCAGCGUGCGCCAGUGGGUUGUAGAACGUGAAUAUCUGUUGCUUGGCAUUAUCCUCGGCGCCAUCAUCUUCAACUGUCUGCUGCGAUGGACAUGCGAACAUCGAAUACAGACACUCAAGGCCAGGAAAUUGCGCGAGCGGCAGCAGGAGUCAAUAGAAUUCAGGAGGGGGAAGCGUCCGCAGAAUCAGAACUUCUAUGCUAACUGGUUUUAG